UGCAGUGUUUUUUAACUGACAUCGCAUUCCUAAUUGAAGUGUGUUUUAAAAGUAAGGGUGAUGUCUAUUCUGCUCUAAAAGAACGAGAACCAGUGCAGUCCCAAAUUUUAACCCAACAACAUCGUUUGAAUAAAUUUAAUUUUUCCAUUUAUUGUUUAACAUAUCAAAUUAAUAUGAAUUUAAGUAAAGCUGUGAGGCAUCUACCCAAUAAAUAUUGUUUUUUCAAUGGUUUUAAUCAUAUCGUGAAUUUAUCAACAAAAUGUGAACCUACAGCCCCAAAAGUUAAUACUGACCAAAUCCCAGGUCCAAAAUCUUUGAAAUUACUUAAAGAACUAAGUCAAUUACAGAAUCCUGGAUCAGUUCAGUUUUUUGCUGACUACGACAAAUCAAUUGGAAAUUAUAUUGUCGAUGUCGAUGAUAAUAUUUUACUGGACACGUACACCCAAAUAUCAUCUGUUCCACUAGGUUACAAUAACCCUAGAUUGCUAAAUGUUUUUCGAAAUGACCAUAAUUUAAAGACACUGAUAAAUAGACCAGCUUUGGGAGUUUUUCCCGGCAAAGAAUGGCCAGAAAUGUUGAAUUCAGUUUUAUUGCCGGUCGCUCCAAAAGGACUCAAUAAUAUCACAACAAUGAUGUGUGGAUCGUGUUCAAAUGAAAAUGCAUUCAAAAAUAUAUUCAUUUGGUAUACCCGAAAACAAAGAGGCCUCGAUGUCAAAUUUAGCAAAGAAGAAAUGGACUCAUGCAUGAUCAACAUGGCACCAGGAUCACCAAAACUCAGUAUUCUUUCCUUCAAGGGAGCUUUCCAUGGCAGGACCCUGGGAGUUUUGUCAACAACGCACUCCAAAUAUAUUCACAAGAUCGAUGUACCCGCAUUUGAUUGGCCCAUUGCAUCAUUUCCAAAAUACAAAUAUCCUUUGGCCGAGAAUGAAAAGGAGAACAAAGCCGAAGAUCUUCGCUGUUUAGCCGAAGUUGAGGAUCUCAUUACACAGUAUAAGACCAAAGGUAUUCCAGUUGCUGGCAUUUGCGUUGAACCUAUUCAAAGUGAAGGCGGUGACAACGAGGCAUCUCCUUAUUUUUUCCAACAACUUCAGGCAAUUGGCAAAAAACACGGAUGUGCAUUACUUAUCGACGAGGUGCAAACUGGUGGUGGUCCAACUGGCAAGAUGUGGUGUCACGAGCACUUUAACCUACCAUCGCCUCCUGAUGUUGUGACUUUCAGCAAAAAAAUGCAAAUCGGUGGCUAUUUCCAUAGUGAUGAGUUCAAGCCAGCUGAACCGUUCCGAGUAUUCAAUACCUGGAUGGGAGAUCCCUCAAAAAUUCUUAUCCUUGAAGAGAUCUUGAAAGUCAUCAAAGAUGAAAAUCUUCUCGACAGGGUACGCAAAACUGGAGAUGUUCUAAAAUGUGGACUUAUGAAUAUUGAGAAAGAAUUUCCGCAUUUGCUGAAUUCCACAAGAGGCCGUGGAACGUUUUUGGCUAUAAACCUAAAAGAUUCUGCUGCCAGAGAUAAAGUAAUAAACAAACUAAAAAUGAAAGGUAUCCAAUCGGGUGGCUGCGGAGAUGUUUCUAUACGUUUACGACCUGCACUGAUUUUCGAAGAAAAACACGCACAUCUAUUUUUAGAAAAGUUUAGAGAAGCUGUUCGAGAAAUGUAAGCUUUUUCACCUUAAACGCGCAACGCACAAUAUUGCUCAAAUAAAAAAAAGAAAACGUUCAAGAAUUUUUUUUAUAUGUCGAUAUAUAAAAAAAUGAAGAUAGCAUUUUGUUGAAUUAUAAAAUAUCUUUACGUAUAAAUGUAUUUUUUUAUUAUAAAUAUUUUUAGGUAAAUAAAAGUAUGUUUUUGUUCCUUAUUUAUCUGAAAUAAACACAAAUAUUGCCAAAAGCCACACAAAAAUUGCCAAUUUAAUAAACUUAGUUAUAGAGUAACCAAAA